AUUUAUAUUAAGCAAAUUUACUUCUAUGCAAUCAUAAAAGAGAGGAUAACAACAUAAACAAGGAUAUCAAGCAGAUUUAAAUAAAUAUUUUGGAAAGAGACUAAAAAUUAAGUUGAAUGCAAAACGAACUAUUAUAGGGACAGUAAUUGGGUAAAUAUUGAAUUUAUAUUAAUAUUAGAUUUGAUAUUUUUAUGAAUCUUGUCCUUGAUCAUUGUAAAGAAUUGAUUCCAGGAUAAGGUGCAGAGAAUAAAGAUAAUCUUUAUCCAGGCUUUUCAAAUGUCACUGAUCAAUUAGUUGAUAUUGGAUAAGCAAUUGUGAGAGGAAAUUCAAUAAUUAUGUGGGAAUGUUUGGAUAAAGUUAAAGACUGACUGAAUAUAUUAACAAUACAA